AUGAUUGAGCAAGGACACGUCGACUUUAUCGAAGAUGAUACAGAUGAUAACGCAGCUCAGCAACAGAACGAAUGCGAUUCUUUUGUGGAAUGUGAUACCAAUGUUAAAAUAAUACCGCGGUGCGAUAGAUAUGAUGUGUUUCGAGACGAGUUAUGGAAACUGUUUUUAAGGAGGGGAAUGAAUCUUAAAUGUAUUAGUAUACUUGAACCACCACCAUCAGUGUCUCAAUUUCCUGAAGCCAUGAAAAACCUGUCAAGAUUAGAAACACUUAUAAUUUUAUCUCCAAGAAAUGGACCAGAUCGAAUUUACAACGACCUUAUACAAAUAUGCCAUAAUCUUAAAAGCAUAUCCAUUGAUAUUCAAACUGAUGAUGAAAUGAUUGCAGAAAUUAUUUCUGUUCAAUCUGGGUUAAAAGAAUUAGAAAUAGUUAGCGUUUUCAAAAGUCAGGACCUACCAUUGAUAGGAGAAUCUUUAAUAACAAAGCAACAAAAUUCUUUAGAAGAGAUCACAUUCGGAUUUCAUAUAUGUCUUUCAUCUGAAAUACUUAAUAGCUUGAAAAAUCUAAAGAAAAUCACCUUAUUAGAGCUUAGAGAUUCAUCAGAACUUAAAAUGUUAGAUAAAGUAGAAAUAAAUGAUCUGAGUAUAGUUAAAGAGUGA